GAGCAAGAGCAGGAGUGAGAGUAAGUGAAGGUAGCAGUAAAAAAUACUCUCACUUCUCUGUCAGUGUGACCAGCAUAGGUCUACAAAGCUGCACUGCAUCAGCUCUUGAAGGACUUUACAACAAUUUCAGAGAUAUAAAAAUGCGCUCCAGAAGUAACAGCACAGAAAUUCCAGACAAAUCAAAACAGUGCCAGCAAAGGCAAAGGGAUCACCAUAAGGAAGAUACUGUUUUCACAGGGAUAGUAAAUACAAAAAAGGGAAAGGAGAAUGACUAUACAGCACAAAGUAGCACUAUACUAAGAAGCCCCACCUCCGAAAAUAAACAAAGAAGAUAUUCCAAGCAAGGAGAGGACCUUUCUCGAGAUGAUCUCCUAUUUCUUCUCAGUGUCCUUGAGGGUGAAUUGCAGGCUCAAGAUGAAGUCAUAGGAGUUCUUAAGGCUGAAAAAAUUGACCUGGCUUUGCUGGAAGCACAAUAUGGCUUUGUAACUCCCAAAAAGGUGCUAGAAGCACUCCAACGAGAUGCUAUUCAGACAAAAGCUGCACAAUGGCAAGAGGAUAUCUAUGAAAAACCUAUGGGAGAGCUUGACAAAGUUGUUGAGAAACAGAAAGAAACUCACAGACGAAUGCUGGAGCAACUCUUAAUGGUAGAAAAAUCACACAGACAGACUCUGUAUGAGCUGGAAGAUGAGAAAAGAAAGCAUACAGAGUAUAUGGAAAAAAGUGACGAGUUUACCAAUUUACUGGAACAAGAACGAGAAAGACUGAAAAAGCUUCUUGAACAAGAAACGGCUUAUCAGGCAAAAAGAGAGAAGGAAAACAACAAGAAGACAGCUAAACUAAAAGAAGAACUAACAAAAUUGAAAACAUUUGCGUUAAUGGUGGUGGAUGAACAGCAAAGACUCACUGACCAACUAAACGAACAGAGUCAAAAAAUUCAAGAGCUAGCCACCACUGCAGAUCAAGCAUAUGCAAAGCUCACCAUUGCUGAAGCAAAAUUUCAGGAAGAGGAGCAAAAAGUUAUCAGGCUGGAGGUUGAAUUGCAGGCCCAGAACAACAAGAUUUCCCAAGACCAAGAAGCAAUGAUGGCCAAGCUAACCAAUGAAGACAGUCAGAAUCGCCAGCUCCGGUUGAAGUUAACUGCACUCAGUCGACAAAUUGAUGAACUAGAUGAGACUAAUAAAUCUCUGCGAAAAGCAGAGGAAGAAUUGCAAGACCUAAGGGAUAAAAUGAAUAAAGGAGAGUGCGGAAAUUCUACCCUUAUGGCUGAAGUUGAAGAAUUACGGAAACGUGUGCUGGAAAUGGAAGGUAAAGAUGAAGAGCUCAUAAAAAUGGAAGAGCAGUGCAGGGAGCUUAAUAAAAAAUUAGAAAAAGAAGCAGCACAGAGCAAGAACCUUAAAGCAGAAGUUGACAAACUCAACAAAAGAAUCAUGGAACUGGAGAAACUAGAAGAUGCUUUCAGCAAGGGCAAACAAGAGUGUUACUUUCUGAAGUGCAAUCUAGAAAAAGAAAAAAUGUUAACAAAGCAAUUGUCCCUUGAACUGGAUAGCUUAAAAGCUAGAAUGGGAGAGCUUGAAGCCAUUGAAAACAAGCUAGAAAAAACAGAAGUCACACUUAAGGAUGACCUAACUAAACUGAAAACACUAACAGUGAUGUUGGUGGAUGAAAGGAAAACAAUGAGUGAGAAAAUAAAGCAAACUGAAGAAAAGUUACAAGCUGCAAAUACUCAACUUCAGGUGGAGCAAAAGAAAGUUCAGACAGUUACAGAAAAGCUAAUUGAGGAAAGCAGAAAGGCGCUAAAAUCAAAAUCUGAUGCAGAGGAAAAACUGUCUACUGUAACAAAGGAAAGAGAUGAACUGAAAAACAAACUGAAAGCAGAGGAAGAGAAAGGAAGUGAUCUUGUUUCCAAAGUAAAUGUUCUAAGGAAAAGGCUUCAGUCCUUAGAAGCCAUUGAAAAAGAGUUUCUGAGAAAUAAACUCAAAGAGACUACUAAAUCCAGCACAUCUUUACAGCAGGAGAACAACAAAAUAAGAGAACUUUCCCAAGAAGUUGAGAGGCUGAAACAUAAGCUGAAAGAAAUGAAAGCCAUAGAAGAUGAUCUCAUGAAAACUGAGGAUGAAUUUGAGUCUCUAGAACGAAGAUACAUUAAUGAACGAGACAAAGCAAAGUUUCUGUCAGAGGAACUAGAGAUUGUAAAAAUAGAACUGGCUAGGUAUAAACUGGCAGAGAAGGCAGAGUCCAACCAAGAACAGUGGCUUUUCAAAAAGCUUAAAGAAGAAGAAGCUAAGUCAGGUCACCUGUCUCGAGAGGUAGAUGCAUUAAAAGAGAAAAUUCAUGAGUAUAUGGCGACAGAGGACUUAAUAGGUCAUUUACGGGGGGAUCAUACAAUCCUGCAAAAGAAACUCACACAACAAGAAAACAAAAACAGGGAGCAGGCAAGAGAAAUGGAAAACCUCACAAAAGAAUUAGAAAGGUACAGGCGCUUCAGUAAGACCCUCAGACCUAGUCUCAAUGGAAGGAGAAUUUCUGAUUUGCAGGUUCUCUCUAAAGAAGUCCAGACAGAACCAGCUGACAAUGAACCACCUGAUUACAAGAGCCUUAUUCCAUUAGAACGCGCAGUCAUAAACGGGCAGUUAUAUGAAGAGAGUGAUAAUGAUGAUGAAGACCAUAGUGAGGAGGAGCAAAUGAUAUCUUUUAAAUGCAAUUCAUCCAUUGCAAAUGCUGUAAACAAAAAAUUAUGGAUCCCAUGGAUGAAGUCAAAAGAAGGCCACCCUCAAAAUGGAAAAAUUCAUGCAAAACAAAAUGGAAGUUUUGCACAGCCUGGAGAUCUAGUUCUAAGUCAUAUACCUGGACAGCCUCUUCAUAUAAAGGUUACUCCAGACCAUGGACAAAAUACAGCGACACUUGAAAUAACAAGUCCUACUACAGAAACUGCUCACUCUUACACUAGUACUGCGGUUAUACCUAACUGUGGCACACCAAAACAAAGAAUAACUAUUAUUCAAAAUGCCUCCCUAACUCCAAUAAAAACAAGAGUGGCAGAAGGCUACAUGAGCCCAGAACAAGCUAUGUCACCUCUUACUAUGGCUGCUUUUGCAAGAUCUCAAACACCCGAAUCAUGCAUCUCAGGAACUCCAGAAAGGACAAUGUCCCCCUUGGCUCUGCCAGGCUCUUCCAGUGCUCAGGAACAGAUACUUUCAACGGAGCCUUUGGAAAUCAGUGCCAAGCAUGCUGUUUUUAGAGUAUCUCCAGACAGGCAAUCAUCCUGGCAGUUCCAAAGAUCUAACAGUACUGGUUCAAGCGUAAUAACUACUGAGGAUAAUAAAAUCCACAUUCAUUUAGGAAGUCCUUAUGUUCAAGCUCUUAGUAAUUCAGCAAAGUCCAGCAACCCUUGUACUCCAAUGCAGGAUAGCAGAACACCAGCACUAUCUAAUGGAACACCCAGUAAACCUACCAAUAAAAUCACCAGCAGUAUCACUAUCACACCAACAGCCACGCCUCUCCCACGACAAUCACAAAUUACAAUUGCUGAUAUGUUCCGGCGUUCAAUUCCUACUCGGAUUCCCAAACCAAAGCCUACAAGCAUAACCAAGUUACCCGUGAGAACUCCUACUGGGCACCUCCACAAGCCACUCCAUGAUAGCAAUAACGGAAAGCUACACAUCGUAAGAACUGUAUCUAAAACUUGCCUUCAAAAUGGAGGGAAAAGGUAAAACAUUCUCUACUAUGCCCAUAUGUAACAUCUCCUUGAAGAAUGUGAAUAUCUGGAACAAUCACCUCUAAGAGCUGUGUGAGAAAAAGCUAAUACUUCCACAAAGGAUGAAAUAAAAAAAGCUAACCAUUCACAGG